GUACCCUUUCAUAUAUGGCCGUAAAAGAAAACAAAAUAGUUACUUCGAAGUAUACGUUAGCCUCUUUCUUGCCUCUAAAUCUAUACAGACAGUUUUCCAAAUAUAGCAAUGUGUUUUUCUUCGUGACACUUAUGCUCCUUUUGAUACCUGCUGUAUCUCCUUUCCCUCCAUAUGCGUACCUAACGGCCUUUUUGAUCGUGAUCGGCAUAAGCAUCUUCAAGGAUGGCAUAGAAGACAUUAUAAGGCACAAACAGGACAGGCAUGCAAAUGAGAGAAUAAUACACAAAAUUAUGGAAAAAACAAAUAACAUAACUGAGGAAUAUAGCGAACUUGAUAUCUGCAAUGCAGAUGGAACCAAUUUUAUGGCUACAUCAUCUUACGUAGAAGAUCUCAGGGUGGGCAAUGUGAUCAUUCUCAGGGAGAACGAAGAGGUACCUAGCGAUAUUGUGUUGCUUAAUGCCAAGGUGUUUGACGGAAAAUACUUGAAGUGCCGGGGGUUUUGUUUCAUACAGACAUCUUCUCUGGAUGGUGAGGCAAAUCUUAAAAAGAAACAGAGCAAUAUAAGUGCUGUGAUAGAUCCGUGUGGAGGUACACGGCCCACUUCCGACUACGAAAUGUGUGAAUGUGACAAACGAAUAAUAAGAAACAUCAGAGAAUUGGAUAUUUCCGAGGGCGGAAUCGACUUCAAUGAUAUAAGCGCGAAGAUAAAAUUCGAUAACAAUGUUUUACUGCAGACAGAGAAGAAUAUUCUGCUUAGAGGUACCCACGUCCGAUCAACGGAUCAAAUACUCGGGCUGGUCAUAACGGUGGGCGAUAAAACCAAGAUAAGCAAAAAUCAACACAAGACAGACUUGAAACGGAGCAAAUUUGAAAAAAAAGUCGAAAGAAAAAUGUUCUACAUAUUUAUUUUGUAUUUCAUUAUUCUAUUUACGUCCUGUACUAUACUUACAGCAAAUUUGCGAAGAGAACAGGUAAAUAUCUACGAGAUUGACAACUUCAGCAAGCAGGCGUUGAAGCUCACAGGAACAAAUUACAUCCUUUACUCGUAUCUUAUUCCUCUAUCACUGUUUGUGAUGAUAGAGGUGGCACGCAUCUUCCAAAAAAAUUUUGUGAGCUAUGACCCGGACAUAAAAGGCGCGUAUUGCAGAAACUCGAAUGUAACAGAGGAUAUUGGCAUGAUUGACAUCAUACUGAGUGAUAAGACUGGGACAUUAACGGAGAACAAAAUGAAUUUCAGGUACUACGAUACAGGAAGUGGUCUCAGGGGAAUAGAUUCAUUGAAUAUGGAAGAUUCGUUCUUUUUUGUGAUAAAUCUACUGUGCAAUAAUGAACUGCAGCUUAUCAACAACAAGUACGAGGGAAUAUCGCAGGAUGAAAUUUCUAUUGUAGAGAGGCUGGAAAGCGUAGGCUGCUUUCUGCGGAACAAGGCCGAUAUAAUGCUAAAAGUUGAAAUAGCAAACUCGAUUUAUGAUGUUAAAGUGCUUGCUGUCCUAGAAUUUAAUUCGGAGAGACAGCGAAUGAGCACACUCGUGCAGAUAAAUACCAAAAACGAACGUUUUGUUCGAAAUAACGAUAUAUAUUUGUUCACCAAGGGAUCGGAUCAGAGAUUAAACGCUCAUUUGAGUCCACCAUCAACGGUGGAGGUUAAUUCUAACUACAGGUCGCUGCUGGUGGUUCAUAGAAAGAUAGAAGAUGCCAACGAACUGAACGUAUUUCUGAAUGAGUAUCAUGAGAACAUGUUAAAUCCAAAAUCGAUUGAGAGACUCUUUGAAGGAUUGGAGAACAAGUUGAGAUUUGCUGGCAUAGCGUAUAUCGAAGACAGAAUAGGAUUCAAGGUUAAGGACACAGUAGAAGAUUUAAAGGAAGCGGGCAUAAAGAUUUGGAUGGUAACCGGUGAUAAGAAAGAAACAGCGCUCAGCUGUGGAAGAAGUGUUGGUAUUGUGAGCGAUGCGGCGUACAAACCGGAUGAAAUAGUUGAGCAGCUAAACAGCAACACGUCGCUUCCUAUGAAUCGUGAUGUAUGGAUGGAAAGACUGCCAGACUCUCUGAUCAUUUAUAGGGCAAUUCCCGACAAGAAAGCUAUAGUGGCUAAGGAACUUGUUAAAAGGGGGCUGACUGUACUGGCCAUAGGAGAUGGAAACAACGACGUGUCAAUGAUAAACGCGAGCACAGUUGGUGUGGGUAUCAGGGGAAAGGAAGGUGGCCAGGCUGCACUUGCAGGGGACUUUGCCGUUAUGAGUUUCCAUCACCUGAGAAAGCUGCUGUUCCAUCAUGGAAAGAACAAUCUUGUCCGAUUCUCCAAGUUGACCAUCAACUCAUUCUUCAAAAACAUCUUUCUGAUCACAUUUCAGUUCAAUUAUAAUUUUUCAAACGGGUUUUCAGGUUUGAGCGCUUUUAAUUAUUACUUCCUAAAUUAUUUCAACAUUCUGUUUACGUCAUUCAUUCCCUUCACGAUCGCCAUUUUUGAUAGGGGAAAGGAACAGCGUGAGUUCCAAGAUCAGGCCACAGAAAGGCGGAUACUUGAGUCGUAUAAACAGACAAGAGACUAUUUCUCGACCAGAUCCAUCAUUUUUUCGAUGUCGUUUGCAGUGGUGAAGGGAUGUCUUCUGUACUGGGUGAGUUUUGCAAUGCUAGACUGGAACUAUGCGUACAUGACCACGUAUUUCUCAUACGUUGUGUUCAUCAGCACGUUCAUUUUUCAGGUUAGUCUGAUUGAGUUUUUUAACGUUUACACCAUCAUAUCCAUGGUGAUGACCACCAUAGUUUUUGCUGCCGUUAUUUUUGGGAUAGAUGAAGUGGACUACACGAUAUAUGGCAAUCCUGUGUUUUACUUCACUCUUUUGGCUGUGUUAUCCAUAAAUGUGGGCAGUGACCUAAUAUACAAGAAGAUUUGUAAAAAAUUCAGAGUAAAAAUUUAAAAUUUAAACGCAGACCGUGUAAUAAAGCGUUUUCUAAAUCUUUUAACUCGUAGACAUACGGUCAUCUUACGUAUAUUUGAUGCAAUAAAGCGAAUUUUUGAGAGUGUGAGUUUUGUCUUGGUGUAGUUCAGUUUUUCGCACUGAAGACAUUUCAGCAACACUCUCCAAGGUAUAUUUGUUACACUGAAUUAGAAUAUAUUGUCUAGAUUUUGGGAGAUGAGAUCGAACUACAUAAUAUGAACACGUAUCCUCAUAAAUAGGUAAAUACAAAUAAACAAUUCUGUUUUACCAAUAAAUACAUCCUGCAUGUCAUUUAAAGAUUAUUGAGCGUACUAUCUUCUAAUAUCAAUCCAUUAUAUCUCCAAGCUCUUUCUGCG